AUGGAGGGUGAGCUCAAGAACUUGAUUAGGUUAUGGUUCUUAACGAUAUUAUCAUUAUAUUAUUGCUACCACAUUUCAUCAAAGAUUUCAAAGGGCUUCCCAAGGCUUGUCUCAAUCUUCCCAGUCCUCAUUCUAUUUUCAAUUAUCCCUUUUGAUCUUCAAACUUUUCAUAUUGGAUCAAGUUGUGUGUUUCUCCUUUCAUGGCUGGCCAAUUUCAAGCUCGUUUUAUUUGCCUUCGAUCAGGGUCCCCUUUCACCUCUCCCCCCAAAGCCUUAUCUUUUCAUCCUCACAGCUUAUUUACCUUUCAAGAUCAAAGGAAACUCAGUUAAAAAUGGUGAAACCCCAAGAGGUCACUGUAUGGUCGUGGAGGCUGCGAAACAGGCCACAUUGCUGGUUUUUCUGUUUUGUUCUUACAACUUUAAGCAAUAUUUCCAUGGCAAUGUUUUGCUGGUCCUCUACCUCUUCCACACUUGUUUUACAAUCCAGUUGUUGUUAGCUGUGGCUGCAAUCCCAGCCCAGCUCUUGCUCCCUGGUGCGAAACUGGAGCCACAGUUCAAAGCACCGCUUCGAGCCACUUCACUGCAAGACUUCUGGGGACAUAGAUGGAACCUCAGGGUCUCAGAUACACUGCGUUCGACCAUAUACGACCCUGUAAAAACCAUUUCUACGCGUAUAAUCGGACGUAGGUGGGCUUCAUACCCUGCUGUUAUGGCAACAUUCGUCAUUUCUGGUUUGAUGCAUGAACUGAUAUAUUACCAUAUAAUCCGCGAAUACCCUACGUGGGAGGUCACUUGGUUCUUCGUUUUACAAGGACUAUUCGUUGAUUUAGAGAUCUUUCUGAAGAAAAAAUUGGUGGCCACCGGAAAGUUCAAGCUCCACCAGACCAUUUCAGGACCCUUGGCGUUGGCAAAUAUAGCUCUCACCGCAGCCUGCUUAUCGUACACUCAACUCUUGAGAAAUGGUGCCGACGAGAAGAUUAUCAACGAAUUCAAUGAAUGUGUACGGUUUUUAGUGGGAGCUGCACAAGUUUUAUAA